UUCCUCAGUAUAUGUGGUAACUAUUCUCUUUUGUCUAGAAUGGGUUUGUAACAGGAACUUUUGAUCUUCAAGAUGUCCUCUUUUACGGAGGAACCGGCUUCAGCAUCAUGCGCUGCAUGAGCUUCGCUCUGGAGAACUGCGAGAGGAAGGAAGGGAACUUCUCCAUCUUCGCCCUGCUGAAGUACAAUUUCUACCUCCCCUUCUUUUUCUUCGGACCCAUCAUGACCUUUGACCGAUUCCAUGAACAGGUACAUGUCGGUGACCUGCAGCGUAAAAAGAAUGAGAUGUGGUACAUCCGUCUCCACGCGCUUGUCCACCUGGUGGCCAUUGCAGCCGUGGAUGUCUUUUUCCAUUUCUUCUAUAUCCUGACCAUUCCUUCAGACAUGAAGUUUGUGCACCGCCUCUCAGACUGGGCGUUGGCUGGCUUGGCUUACUCCAACCUGGUGUAUGACUGGGUCAAAGCAGCAGUGAUGUUUGGGGUCAUCAACACCAUCGCCAGGUUGGAUCACCUGGACCCACCUCAGCCUCCCAAAUGCAUCACCAUGCUCUAUGUCUUCGCAGAAACGCACUUCGACAGAGGAAUUAACGACUGGCUAUGCAAAUAUGUCUAUGAUAACAUUGGUGAGAACCACGACAACAUCUUGAAGGAGCUCCUAGCCACGAUUUCCACCUUUGCCAUCACCACCCUUUGGCUGGGACCCUGUGAGAUUGUUUACAUUUGGUCCGUCUGCAACUGCUUCGGCCUCAAUUUCGAGCUCUGGGUACAGAAGUUCUUUCAGCUGGAGCCGUUUGGUGGGAUGGAGGCCAAGAUGUCGGAAGCGAUGUCCAGGAGGAUCAGGGGCUUCUUUGGAGCAGCUAAUUUUUGGGCCAUCGUCCUGUACAACAUUCUUGCCCUCAACAGCUUGGACUUUGCCGACGUUGUUGCUCGGAGAAUUCUCCUAGCAGGUUUCCCUCUCAGCACUUUAUCUAUCUGGUUCAUCACUUACUGUGGCGUCCAGCUGAUCAAGGAGCGAGAGAGGCUACUGGCCAUCCUAGAGGAGAAGGAAGGCAAGCAGAAGGGCGAGUGACGCGGCGGAGAGACAGACGCCCGCUUCCAAGAUGGUGGCUGCCGCUCUGUGUCCUAACAGGCCGGGCGAAGCCAACGCCGCUGAGUACUCCGUCCCCUGCUACAAAGCUGUACGGUCAGCCGUGUACAAACUCACUUGUUUAAUAAUAUCCCUUUUCCCAUUUAAAUAAUAAUAAAAAAAUAUUUUCUAUAAGA